UUCUAAGUAUUGAAAUUUUUGUUUCUUUGCUAUUAAUUUCACGUAUUUGUUUGUGCAUUCUUUCGCCUUAAUGGAAAUGAACACAAGCACAUUUUUAAAUUUACAUAAUCUUUCAUUAACAUUGCAUGUAAAAUAAGAACCUUUAUUAGGAUACAAACGAUGUUCAGACUUCUGCAGUUUUGUGUUGGAUAUACUGAUUACGAUUAUUCUCAUCGCCGGUUUUAAUUGCCUGGCGCGUAUUCAAUGAAUUAUGUCGUGUAUUCUGCUCACUCUUAUGGCUCCUACGAUUCCGAUGCUGGUGUAGUGUGCUGUGUGUAGUUAUGCUAGUUAUCCUUAUGUACAUUUGAGUCACGGUUAUUGAGAAUGUAAAGUAGGUCUUUCGUUACUAAUUGUAGUGUGGGUUUUGUUUAUAGCCCGCUUCAAAAAUUAUAUGUAAGCAAGUGGAAUAUAAUAGUAUAAUUAACGCAGACCCAUAGCUUUUGGACAUAUAUAUAUUAUUUUGCAGUCAUAAAUGAGUGAAUUCAUAACAAUUCAAGUUGGGCAGUGUGGUAACCAGAUUGGUGAUGCUUUCUGGCCACUUGUACUGCAAGAACAUGGCAUUGACACACAAAGGGAAUCCACUUUCAAAUCACAGCCUCAACACAUUCAGCCCAAUGAAAGACUGCUGGAUGCAUUCCACAGCUUCUUUUCAAGCUCUGAUGGAAUUUCAGGGCAUAGUUUUAAGACACUUGCUGAUUUGGAAAAAGCGAAAGUUACAGCAAGGGCUGUGUGUAUUGAUAUGGAGGAUAGUGUUGUAGCUCGUUUCCGCACUGGCCAGUUCCGCCACUUAUUUGAUGACACAUGUCUUCUUACAAAUUAUCCUGGCUCAGGAAACAAUUGGGCAGAAGGUUUUCAUACACAUGGGAGAGAAUACAAUGAGAAAAUAUUGAAUCUUUUGCAGCGCUCUGCAGAACGAUGUGACCAACUACAUGGAUUCCUAUGUCUGUUCUCACUGGGUGGUGGUACAGGCUCAGGCCUUGGUUCUGCUAUACUUAGCAUUCUUGAGGAUAAUUUCCCACUUGUAGAGAGAUUUGUGACCUGUGUGUAUCCAGCAGGAAAUGAGGAUGUGGUUACAUCUCCAUACAAUGUGGUACUGGCUACCAGAGAGCUUACACAUCAUGCCAGCUGUGUUUUUCCUGUUGACAAUAAGGCUCUGCUGGAUAUAUGUAGUCGCUUGAAGUCUUCAGGAAAUAAGCAUGGAGUAGCAGGGUACAUUGCAGCUUGUAAACCAUUUCAAGAUAUGAACAGCAUUGUGGUUAAUAUGCUUCUGCACCUUACAAGUGGUUCGCGGUUCCCUGGGAGCAUGAAUGUGGACAUGAAUGAAAUAUAUAACAAUAUGGUUCCAUUCCCAUGCUUGCGCUAUAUAUCAAGUAGUGUCAGUCCACUUUUAUUUCCUACAUCAGGCAGCAAUACUGCCCCAGGAAUGUCACUGAAGCCAGAUGACUUAUUUACAUCAGCAUGGUCACGAGGCAAUCAGCUUCUUAAGGUUGACCCCCUUGGUGGGACUGUACUGGGUGCAACUCUCUUGGCAAGGGGGUCAGUUUUUGUUUCUGAUAUGCGCCGCAACAUAGACAGAUUUCAAAAGAAAACACAGUUUAUUCCAUGGAGCUGUAGCGAUGCCAUGAAGACUGGGUUGUGCUCAGUUCCACCGCCAGGUCUUACAUCUUCAGUUCUGUCCCUAAUCAAUACAUCCAACAUGUCAUCCUUAUUUAAAGAUGUUGCACAGAAAUUUAACAAAUUAUAUCAAAGAAAGGCUCAUGUACACCAUUACCUUCAAGUACCUGGAUUCGAUGAGGAGGACUUCACGAACAGCCUUGAGAGUUUGCACGAGGUCGAAGAAGGAUAUGCUCAGCUCACAAAUCUCAAAGCCCAAACAAUACCAAGGUUACAAGUACUCUGAUAUAUAACAUUUUAAUGAAGAGGUAAUGAUUCUAAAGUAUUUUGAUGAAAAAUAAAUUAGUUUUUUGUACAGUGAGGAUUGAUUCUUAAUAAAGUUUAACAGACUGUAUAAUUAUCUGGCUCUUGUAGUUUCAAACUACAGCUGUGUGCUAUAUGAAUCGUGGGUAUUAAGUGAAGAGUAUUAGUAUUAGUAUUUAUUGAGUAUUCCAGACAUCCACAAGGUGGAUACAGGACUUGUCCUUACUCAGUACAUACAGACCAAUUACAAAAGUUGUUUACAUGGAACAUUACAACAGUAUAAAAUAUAAAUAGUUAUGGCCUUAGAUUACAUAAAUAGAAAGUCAGAAACAUAUCAUUUAAGAAUAAUCAUAUUAAAUAAGAAAUCCACAAUAAACAAAUAAUUAUGAGUUACAAAUAGUAAAUAAAUCCUGCAGGUUACAGAAAGUAAGAUUAAUUGGCAAUGCACAGGUAGAACUCAUAAUUAUAACAAAACAGGCAUUAUAAAAUUUACAUUCAGAUAUGUUUAUUAUAACUACUGUCAUUAUUGAUCAAAGUACUCUUCUAAUGAGUAGAAUGAAUUCAUGUAUAACAUUUUUUUUAAAUUUUUUAAAAUAAUAAAAUUCUUCGAUUGAUGCUUUACAUCAUCAAGUCAGUCGU